AUGACCUCUCUAUCACCCAGACUCUCUCGAGUCGCGCAGUCUGCUGUACAGUCUAUUACCAUGUCACAGAUGUCUCAGAUGUUGGACCAAACUCGAACCUCUCGCGCUUCACAUUCUUUGUUUCCGGCCUUUGGGCGCGCUCCAAUGCAACAUUCAUUGUUUCCAUCGAUCUAUCGCCAUCAGGUUCGAACGCAGCAUACCACACCAACGGUUCGCCAGCGUAUGUCAUACCAACUAGAUCGUGAGAUACAGAAAAAACAUUUCGAUUAUGGUGGCCUUAAAGGUGAAAGUCACCAAAUCAGAAGCUCCUCUGAAGCAAACCUUCGUGUUUUAUGCUAUGGAGUUGUUUUCUUUUCAGUCGUGGGCAUUAUAGGGCGAGUCUUAGGGUUGAUUUCCGAUGACUCAAACUAA